AUGAGCCAGGAUAAUCGACAAGUUCCAGAAAGCCAUAUAGAGGGCAGCGCUCCCCUGGACUUGAAAGGCAAAGGAAAACAAACCAAGAAAGAGGAUACUAGUCCCAUCGCCGACAGACUUCAAGCUUCCGGGAGACUAGUUCUCGAUGCUUUGGGAAGCGGCCCAGAGCUGAGUGGUCAACAGCCAACGAGAAAAGCUGACCCAAGUGGCAGCAACAGCAACAGCAACAGCAUUGGCAAGAUCUCGUCCAGCACGGGGGAAAUAUCCUCACACAGAUUGCUUUCAUCAAUUCAGGCGGAAAGCUUGCGCUCAAAGUCAAAUCUGAAUUCUGGACCGUCCGUGCAAGCAUUCAACGAUUUUGUUAGUGCCAGCGUCACGCUGGACAUCGACAAUGACAAUGCCAACCUCAAUGAGGCAGCACUGAAGAAGAUAUACCACUCAAAAGCUAUAUAUACAUCGCAUGAUGUUAGUGAACAAGAGAAACUGGACGGUGCAGCCGUUGUUAGCCUGCUGGAUGGUCAUUCGAAUGAACUCGAUGUUGUUUUGGUCGGAUCUCAUGAACCGAUUGCCGAGGUCGAUGACGAUGCCCUUACACCAGAAGCGGCAGCCAAACUUCGAGAAGCUCUCUUUUCUGAUAACUCAGCGUUCACUGGUCCCAGAUUGGAUGAUCUACUAAACUUCAACCCUGGGUUCCUAGAUCAACCAGGACCUGAAGCGGAGCUUGAACGACAGCUCUACCUAGGCACAAGAGAUACCGACCAAGCGAGAAGUAGUUGGCUGCAGCAGUGGGGCAACGUCCUUGCUGGAUAUACUGAACACGUCUGGGGUGACCUGGAACCGUUAAUAAUUGAGGCUCGGAGGGAAGUUGAAGAGUCCAAAGCUCAAGGCCCUGGGAUAGUUUCUGAGACAAAGGCGCUGGAUCGAUUGCGGCAGGUUCUUGCACAUAUUCGGGGGGUUUGA